AUGGCGGAAAAUGGGCAUGUAGACCUAGAGAAGCAGAGGCUGCUUCUGCAAGACCAUGGGGAGAAGCACUUCAUGUCCAGCGAGGUCGUCCGGGACAUCAUCAUCGGCGUCUCCGACGGCCUCACCGUCCCUUUCGCCCUCGCCGCCGGCUUGUCCGGGGCUCAAGUGAAGUCGGGCAUCAUCCUCAUCGCCGGGAUUGCGGAAGUCGUGGCCGGUGCUAUUUCUAUGGGACUUGGAGGGUAUCUAGCGGCAAAGAGUGAAGCUGAUCAUUACGCGAGGGAGCUUAAGAGGGAGCAAGAGGAGAUAGUCAAUGUCCCUGACAUAGAGGCCGCUGAAAUCGCAGAGAUUCUCUCACAGUACGGUGUGGAGCCACAUGAAUACGAGCCCGUAGUGAAUGCUCUGAGCAGGAAUCCCCAAGCAUGGCUAGAUUUCAUGAUGAAGUUCGAGCUCGGGCUCGAGGAGCCGGAUCCACUGAGAGCCCUGUGGAGUGCGAUCACGAUAGCGCUUUCCUACGUCGCAGGCGGGACGGUGCCAUUGUCGCCGUACAUGAUCCUACCGGUAGCCCAAGACGCCCUGAUUGCGUCGGUCGUGGUGACCAUAAUCGCCUUGCUCGUCUUCGGCUUCAUCAAGGGCUACUUCACCGGGAAUCGACCCUUCAAGAGCGCUUUCCAAACCGCCCUCAUUGGCGCAGUUGCGUCCGCCGCUGCUUUCAGCAUAGCUAAACUCUUCAGGGAAUGAACUCGUCCUCUCUUUUCGCUUCUUUGGGGUUCUGUUUGUGUCAAUAAAGUUGGUUUGUAGUUUAACAUCAGAGUCUCUAGUUUCUUUUGGUUUGAUCUAGGGGACAAAAUUGCCUCUUCAUGAUCUCCACCCAACUUGUUUGUAUGUCAUGCUUUGAGAUUAAAGUUGAGUUGUGAUAAAUUGC